AUGUUUUUGCAGGGUCGUGUUAUAAUUGUUUGGUUGUCUUGGCUUAUUGGAGGUAUUUGUGGCGUUGUUAUUUUGUUGAUUAUUAUAUGUUACUGCCGCCUAAUGCCGCGCCACCAGAAAUCUUUCGAUGAACAAUAUCUUAAAGAACAUUACACUAUAAAAGAAGGUCAUGGAUAUACAAAUCAAGAAAAUUAUAGAAUAAAACACACAGAGGUGCAAGUGCAGCGGCACGCGCGGCCGGCCAGCUACGCGGGCGACGCGGAGUGCCGGCCGCCGCCGCGCGCGCACGGCUACGUCAACCGCGUGCCCGACGCGCCGCGCGACGCGCAGCUGCAGUACGCCUCCAGUGGCAUGCUGGACGAGAUGGAGGGCGCGGCGAGCAUCGACGCGCUGAAGACGCGGUCGCUGCCCGCCUUCCUGCGGCCCAAGCCGCGCCCGCUCUCCACCGAGGACGACCUGCACCAGCUGUACGCUAAAGUAAAUUUAAGCAAGAAGUACAAGAACCGCAUGCGCAGCGAGCACGCCGCCAUCAUCGCGCUGAGCAAGUCGCACAGCCAGUUCCUCGACGCCGACGCCGUCAUCGUGUACGACCAGCGCACCGCGCUC